AGGGAAUAGUAAUGUUUGCGAAACUUGGAAAAGUUCCAACAUCAUUCUAAGACCCGAUUGCUGAGCUAUCGACUCAGUGCUUCGGAGGAAUAACACAUACAGUGACAUAAUUUUAAUAUCUAUAAUUUAAUUCCCCUGUCUCUCUUACCAGUUACAAUGGAAGAAACCAUUCGAUACUUUGAGAGCCAAAGUGACCUUCUAGACCGAUUUGACAACACUGCCAUUCUCAGUACCUUAACCUCAAAGUAUAUUUCCUGCAUUACUUUUAAUGGAGUGCCCAUACUACCGCCAGUCAUGACAGCCAAGCGGCGGGAUGAGAUGCAGACUCUCAAACGACAGGCUCAGCUGUCCGAGAAGCGGGUCAAGUCCAGACAGAGACACACUUUGAUGGCAAGAGUGCAGUCGAUUGUUGACACCACACAGAAUCCUGAAGAUGCACACACCCACCUGGACCCAAAUAUGCGAUCUGGAGAGACCGAUUUGGAGAUGUCUCGUGUGUCUGGUGAGAACUCAACCGAUCCUCUGACUAGCACUAACCCCAGAUCAACGUUCGCUAUGCUAGACAGUGGCGAUCAAGCUGAUCCUCUGGCUAGCACUAACCCCAGAUCAACGUUCGCUAUGCUAGACAGUGGUGAGAACUCGGCCGAUCCUCUAACUUGCACUAACCCCAGAUCAACGUUCGCUAUGCUAGGCAGUGGCGAUCCAGCUAGCAGUCAGACCUUGGAUUCUUUGUCCUCCGAUUUCGUGUCGCUAGAAGAAACUCCCUUGCCCACUGACUUUAAUGGCAUUCCUCUCACAUCCGUCCAACAACAACAGAUUUCUCAAAGCCUUCGUAAGCUGUCUAAAGCACUGAAGCUCGAGGAUACCCAGAGUCUGAAUUCGACAGGAAACAGUGAGUUCAGUGAAAUGCUGUCGCUGAAGCAGCCUCCGGGUCAUAAUCCCGUACCACAGAUUGCGUCAGCUGGAGAGCCAGUUCAGUCGGUCCAUCGGCAGAUCAGUUCCGAGAACAACUCCAGUGUUUUUCAUGACAGCCAGGAUACAAUAAUCGAAGUUUCGCAGGAGGUUGACGGAAAUUCAACGUCUGGUUUUUUAGAUAACGUCAGCAGUGGUAGCAAGCCUGAUGCGACAAGCUCCCAGAAUGCGCCACUGCAAACGUCGCACAAUGAUUCUGGUAGUUUGGGUGUCAAUUCUAGUUUUAACUCGGCCAACACUUCAACCAAUACUGCUGACAGUCAUCACAGCAGUAAAAGCAGUCCAAAGUCGCUGAAGAACACUGUGCACUUUUCGCAGUACGUCACCGAAAUAACACGCAAAUCCGUGGAGGACAGCAUCACAUGUAGAAAAAUAGACCUCACUCCCACAAACAGUCCGAGGAUCAUGGUUACCAACAGCGAUGGUUUCUCCAAUUUAUGUACCUCAAACAGUAACCAUGAUGAUUCUGCUGAAAGUUCACCCGGCAUAAAAUCCGGAAGCCUGCUGAGCAGAGUUGAUUUCAGUCCCGAAUGUGACUCUACCCCAUCCCCGGUCCAGGCUGUGACUGUUCCAUUCCAGGCUUACUUUACAGACGCCGAACUUUCAACUUCUGACAAGGAAAACGAUCAAAACCAGGCUUCUCAUAGUCACAAGUAUCGUAUUCCAUCCAUGUCUGUAGAGUCGGUGUCUGGAGAAUCACGUACGUCUAGCCAGCUGUAUCAUUCUAACGUAGUAACUGACUCACAAGGUUCAUAUAGCAGCAGCACAGUUAUGUCUGGAGGAUCCAGGACAGUGGGGAGGACAUCUGAAUCGGAGGGCAGCACCUUAAAGGAGAGUAAUGUAUCAAGGGGUUGUGACCAUUUUUUACAGUUGACUGAUCAGCAGGAAUACAUUUCUUCUGAUACGGGAAGUACAAACUUACAGAAGUAUAUGCAGACUCUGAUCAGUUCUCAAGGCAGUGUCAGCCACUCUUGUUCCUCUUCUAAGGACCACUGUGCUGGCAAUGAGACAGGUUGUAACAAUCAUGACGUUAAUGUUCCUGUGUUGAAACGAAGCCAUCCAUUAAGAGAGUCCUACACCUUAAGUGAACCAUCCCCUGCUCUUAUGAGGUCACAGUGUAGGACUGACAAAGAAUCAAAUGUUGAGAAGAAGGUCCACUCAGUUAUGAGUGCAGAAAAACAUCUCCAGCAUAAAGCAGACUGCAGAGGUAAUGACGGCCAGAUAGAGCUUGUGAGCAUUCCCUUGCCUCCAGGACCUGAACAUGAUGGAAAAGCUGAACAUAUCAACAGAUACCUUUCUCAGAUUCACCAACAGAACUUGAAGAAUGCUGACAAAUUGCCCGUCAGCCCAAAGGCGAGACCACAGAAUCUAAACACGAUGUAUUCUCAGAAUCCUGCCGGCAACAGCAUCAGCAUGAUCCAGUCGCUACUGCAGAAUAUGAACUCUCUUCCCGACACGCUGACCGAGGAGGAGAUGCUCAAGAUUCAGGCCAGUCACUUCCAGGUUCUUCAACAGCAGGUGAUCUCGCAGCAGCAGAAGGAACUGGAGGAGCUCUUUGUACGGCAGAGGAAGGAGCAGCUGAGUCUCGAGGGCGAGGUCAAGAUGCACCAGAAGAGCCUUCAGGAGCAGCAGGAGUUCCUGGCGGAGAAUGCACCAGAGACAGUGAAGAAAUCCAAACACGUGUCGAAGGAGGUCUUUGCUGCUGGAGACCAGGUUACUGCCAUGGGUGCGGAGAACAGAAACAAUCUCAGUACCGGGAGUGGAAGCCAGCCCAAGUUGAAUCUGUUUGAAAAACUUGCAACUCCCAGUCCGACAGGUCCGAAAGUGUAUCGUCCCGUUCUGAGGUCUCCUGCGAAGUCACGGCCGUUGCCAAGGCGAUCAGGAACAGUCAUCACUCCAGAAAAAGCUUACCUCCCUCAAAUGAGACGUAAGUUUGAAAAGAUCUCGGCUCUAGCAAAAGGAUUUCUCAUACGCCGACUCAUGCAGACGGAUAAAGUUCAGGAACUGAUGAAAACAAUUAGGGAUACCCAGGAAUUUGCAGUGAAUUUUACAACUGAAACUCCCAUAAAACAAGGCACUUUCUCCAACCAGGAUAAAGACCUUCUUGAGAGAAUAACUGCACAGUUACAAGCCGCCAAACUGGAUAUACAUGAGAUUUUCUUCAGUCUUUCACAAGCAGAACAAAUGUCCCUGAUCGCCAGCACACGUCAGAACAGAGAGUACAAACGACUUAAAACUAGUCAGGGAAAUUUUCAAAGAUUUCACCGGCGCAUCAGCACUGCAACAAUGAAGGCUAUUGAGAGAAAGAAGAAAGCACAAGGAGAUAGUUUGUGUGCAGUGAUGAAUGCACGUCCGAGAACAGCCCCACCGAGUACCAGCAGUCCACGCAAUCCAUCCACCGAUAUCAGAGCUUUGAGGCCACUUCAAGGUCAGAUAUCCCCCAUUACAGCAGAAGGCUCAUCCAGAUCAAGAGUUGAACCAGAUCGACCCAAGAGUGCUCCAGAGAAAGGAGGAAUAAUACACCACACAAAGUUAAGGAAGCCAGAUCCCACACUGUCUGCCUCUACAAACAAUGUUUCUGGUAAGCAGAACAAACUGGCUGCUGGAGGUGCUUCGACCAAGGCUAAAGUGGCACCAGUCACCAAGGUGAAAACAAAGCCUGGUAAAGCAUGGAGAUGACAUGGUUUAUGACAUUCCGUCCAGUAUUAAACCAACACCCAGCAACAGUAUUACGUACUUACACAUUCAGCAAUGGUUUUGUGAUUUUAAGUAUAAUAUUGUGACAAAGGUAUGAAUGAUUCACAUGACUGUAAACCAUUCUGUGUACUUACACAUUCAACAAUGGUUUUGUGAUUUCAGUUAUAGUAUUGUGACAAAGGUAUGAAUGAUUCACAUGACUGUCAAUGCAUUCUGUGUACUUACACAUUCAACAAUGGUUUUGUGAUUUCAAUUAUAGUAUUGUGACAAAGGUAUGAAUGAUUCACAUGACUGUCAAUGCAUUCUGUGUACUUACACAUUCAACAAUGGUUUUGUGAUUUCAGUUAUAGUAUUGUGACAAAGGUAUGAAUGAUUCACAUGACUGUCAACACAUUCUAUUUACUUACACAUUCAGCAAUGUCAUAAUUUCAGUAAUCUGUAUAAAAUGUAAAAAAAAAAAAAAAGGUUUAUAUUGCUGAAUGUGUAAGUACACAAAAUGUAUUUACAGUGUUAUAAUCUGUAUAAAAUGUAAAAACAAAAAAGACAAAAGAUUCAUAUUGUAAACAUGUUAUGUGUACAGUGUAUGAAGGGUGCAUAUUGUGAAUGUUUUUAUAGUAUUAAAUACUUAAACAUACAUAAAUGUUAUAAUUUCAAUAAUACAGUUUGUGUGUAAAAUGUAUAAAUGGUUUACAAAUUGAAUGUAAAUGUAUAAAGGGUUCACAUAGUAAACAUGUUUCUACAGUAUUAAAUAUUUUGACAUUCACCAAUGAUAAUUUUAAUAGUUUGUGGACAAUAUAUAAAGUGUUGAUAUUGUAAACACAUUUCUACAAUAUUAUACCAUUUAGGAUAAAUAUAUCCAGCAGUGUUAUAAUUUCAAUAUGCUAUGGAAAGUAUAUAUUAAAUUAUAUAUUUUCCAUAUUGUAAACAUAAUUCUACUAUUUUCAACUGUCUCAAGAAGUGCAUGUGAAAACGUUUUUAAAAAUUAUUUAUAUCAAAUAGAAAAGUUAAUUUUGCUUCAUUAGUUACUGCCUCAUCAUUAUUUCGAACACAAUGGUAGAUGAAUGAAACUUUUGUCUCCUAACAAUGUUGAAAAUAAAGGUUUUUUACAAUGACAUUGAUUAAUAAGCUCAACAAAAAAAAUAUUUGUUUAACAUCUCAGAAUACUUUAAAUUUUGACCAUCUGGUGUCUAACAAAUAGUUCAUUGUUACUCUUUCGAUUGUUAAAUUAUAUGAAGGUCUAAAAUAAUUUACAGUAUUUCUAAUUGAGAAUGUAUUGUUCGUUUAAGAAUUCUUUAAAAAAUAUAUUGGGGUUGCUAAAAUAGUGGAUCAGAAGGAGGCAGCCUAUCUUUUUCAUCUUCUUUUAAGAUGCUCAUUCCAGCCAUAUAUUAAAGGCCGUGGUAUGUGCUACCCUGUCUGUCGGAUUGUGUAUAUAAAAAUCCCUUGCUACUAAUGAAACAAAAUAUAGUGGGUUUUCUCUCUAAGACUAUUUGUCAAAAUUACCAAAUGUUUGACAUCCAGUAGCAUAUGGUUAAUAUAUCAAUGUGCUAUAGUGAUGUCAUUAAACAAAACAAACAAAAAUCUUUUAAGAUGAAAAGGAAUAAAUGACUGGAAAAACCCUCAGCAUACGUAUCAGUCAGUGUCUAGGAAUUGGGGGGGGGGGGGGGGGGUUGAAGUUAAGAAAAAUAACAGACGGGGGUACAGUUGCUAAUUUUCAUACUAUUACUCCAGGAUUUAAAAGUCCCAUGUAUGUUGAAAGAUGGACACCAUGGUCAAGUUUCCAUCCCAAUUCAUGUGUUCUACUGCUGCAGUAUUAAAAUAUUUCUGACUACACCAUCUGCUAAAUGAAGAAGAUGAUUAAUUUAUUAUUAAAUUAUUUUGAGGCUGUAUUAUUACGUUAUGGUAUAAAGGGAAAACCAUUGUAAUAAAAUAUUUCAUGUACAAA